AUGUUUCUAAGUACUCUAUGUUGUCUAACAGCCUUUGCAUCGCCCUAUUGGACAAAACGUUAUCUUGACACGCCAAUAGAUUUUCAAAAUAUUGGAUUAUGGGAAUUAUGUUUGUAUAAAUAUCGCCAUUAUAAAGAUGAUUUACAAAUUCCGUAUACUGGCUGCUUCUGGUUUUGGACAAAUGAAAUGUAUCGUUUUCGUGAUUGGAUUAUUCCAACUUGGUUUAAAUGGGUACAAGCAUUUGCUACCUUAGCAUUCAUUUUUACAAUAAUGACGAUAUCAAGUUUAGCUGUUGCAGUUUUUUCAGCGUUUCGUUGGCAAUGGAGAUGUCAAGCGAUUUGGUCUAUUAUGUGUUUGAUUAUUUUUGCUUUUGAACUUAUUGCUAUUAGUAUCUAUGGUGUCCGCAGUCAAGAUCGUCUUUGGAUGCCCAGACCAGAAUUUAACUAUUUAUCAUAUAGUUAUUGGUUUGAAUUUGCUGCACUUGUUUUAGCUUUGUUUGCUUGCAUAGCCUUUGCUAUUGAUAUUCAAUCUCUUCGUGCGCCAUACGUUGAUGAUGCAGAGGAUAAACAAGAAAAUGAUGAAUUCGGACACACACCUAAUGAUUCUCAUAUACAAUUAACCCAUGGACGUAACCGUAGACCACAAUCUGAAUUAUAA